AAAAAAAUACCUAAAAAAGUAGCUAGGGCUUACGGCAAUUCCAAAACCAAAAGAAUUAGGGUUUAUUUUAGGGUAUAUCAAAAAAGCUAUCCUUCCAAGCGCUGAUCGAGAAGGUCGGUCGAGAGAGAGAGCAGAGCAGCAGACGAGGGGGAAAGAAGGCUGUCAUUAGAAGGAAGAAAUGAUAAGCCCGCAGCCUGUGGACAUCUGCCAGGCAGACUGAACUGGAUCCUGUAACUGAUUUGAACUGGACCCAUAUCCAAUCGAUAUCUUGGCGGGUCUAGUAACACAGCUAUUUUUGAUGGCCUUGGAUAAACUCAAGAACCCCAUGAGAGAAAUGAAGGUGCAGAAGCUGGUUCUUAAUAUAUCAGUUGGUGAGAGUGGUGAUCGACUGACAAGGGCUGCAAAGGUUUUGGAGCAGCUAAGUGGUCAAACUCCAGUCUUCUCCAAGGCAAGAUAUACUGUGAGGUCUUUUGGGAUCAGGCGAAAUGAAAAGAUUGCUUGCUAUGUCACUGUGAGAGGAGAAAAAGCUAUGCAGCUUUUGGAGAGUGGAUUGAAAGUCAAGGAGUAUGAAUUGCUCCGAAGAAACUUCAGUGAUACAGGCUGUUUUGGUUUUGGAAUUCAGGAGCAUAUUGAUCUGGGGAUCAAAUAUGAUCCAUCAACAGGUAUUUAUGGCAUGGACUUCUUUGUGGUCCUAGAGCGUCCUGGUUACAGAAUUAGUAGGAGGAAGAGAGCUGUGUCACGUGUUGGCAUUCAACACAGGGUAACUAAGGAUGAUGCUAUGAAAUGGUUCCAGAACAAAUACGAGGGAGUGAUUCUUAACAAGUCACAGAAUAUCACUGGUUAAAUACCUGGUUUUGUUAAUUUCUUACCAAGUACCCUUAGUGCUUGUUUACCAUUGGAUGUUAAUUUUUUACCAAGAAUUUUUGUAUUAAAGAAUUUUGGAAGGUCAUAUCACUUUUGGUAAGUAGGAACCUCUUAGUUUGAUAUAUUAUAUUGUUAAACUCAAGGAAUCUUGUCUGGAUAUUUGUGUUUAUUAAAGAAGCUGAUAAUUGUAGCAGCGUGUGAAGA